CAAUGGAUGUAAUCUUCCUUUAGGUUUUUUUUUCUUUCUCAUCAACUAUUAUUUUUUUACCCAUGCUCCGGCUUUUACAACAACAUGGGUUGUGUUGUUUCAAGGCCUGAGACAAAUGAAGGUGGAGAUUAUAAACUGAUAACUCGCCGAGGAUCUAUCGGUAAAGAUAGUGAAAUUUCUGAGAGCAUCACACUAGAUCAAGAAUUGUCUACACAUAGCAAAAGGUCCAAAACUGGUGGUGAAAAGGCAUGUAAGGAGGAGGAAGACGUACGUGAAAAUGCACAAGAAGAGAAAGGAGACGAGCACAAACUUUCACCAUCUCCUAGUUUUCGUAUUUAUUGUGUUUUCCCUCGUGAUCCUAAUGAUGACAACGUCGUUGAUGAUCUGCCACGGAACAAGAACAUAUCAGAAGUAAACAAGGUGGAAUCUACGAAACAAAAAGCACACACAAAAUUUGCAUGUUUAAAAGGUUGCGUUAAGUAACUCCAGAGGGGAAAAUUUGUCGUAGAUCUUCAAUGUUUAUAAAAACCAGUUUGAAAAUCGGAAACGCUAACAUACUCGGUUAGAAACUUCACAUGCAUGCAGUAUUUUUUUUUUGGGGUUUGGAUAUGAAAUAGCUUUACUAUACAUGUAAUCAGAGCCUGUCCUGAGGGCAAGCAUGCCAAGGAUG